UGUAGGUGACACAUUAUGUUUUGCAAUAAGGGAUUUGCAAUGAUUCAACUAUAUGUGGCUGCCUUACUUCCUAUAAUAUUAGGGGUCACAUCAAACGAGGACAUUGUCUUUCUGGAAAGAAUCAAAUUCAGUCAUGUUGGAGAAAAUAUUAGUCUAACGUGCAAUUUUACAUCCCUUGAUGCAACAGCUACUGCAUGGUUCAAACAGAUUCCGGGAGAAAAACCUCUUCGUAUCGUUUCUGCCUUUCGUGCUGCAUCAGUUGAAUUUGAUAACGGUUUUGAUAAGAGAGGUCGCUUUAUUGCUUUAAGAGAAGCAAACAAAUUUACUCUGAAUAUUACAAAUGCAGAAACUUCUGAUUCUGCUAUUUAUUACUGUUCAGUUGCAGCUUAUGCCAGCAUUGGAUUGGGAGCCUGCACAGUUUUAGUCCUUGAAGAUCACCCUGGUGUUUUCCAGCCUCCCGUAUCAAAUCCUAUUAAACUGGGAGGAAAUACAUCUCUAGAGUGCUCAAUACUCACAAACAGAUGUUCCGAAGAUCACAGUGUGUACUGGUUCAGACACGGAUCAGGAGAAUCUGAUCCAGGAAUCAUCUUCACUCAUGGAAACAGGAGUGAUCAGUGUAAGAAAAGCUCUGAGACUGUUUCUCCUACACAGAGCUGUAUCUACAAACUCCCCAAGAACAACCUCAGCCUCUCUGAUGCUGGAACUUACUACUGUGCUGUAGCUGCAUGUGGAGAGAUACUGUACGGGAAUGGAACAAAACUGGACUUUACUGGAGAGAACUGCGUUUUGGACCCGAAGACCAUUAUUUUAGCAGCAUCAAAUAUCAUAUCCUUGGUGGUGAUUUUAUUUAUGUGCAGAAGACGAUGCGAAAAUCGUCACAAAGAUGCUGAAGGCCACACAGUAUAUACAAACCAGGCUGAAAACACUGAUGACGUGAACUACGCAGCUCUCAGCAUCGCUCAACCCUCCUUCUCAACAAGAAGCAGAGUAAAGAACAGCAGUGAUCAGCCUGUGUACUCAAAGGUCUUUUACCACCAGUAGAAGAAGAAAGUUUUGUCACUUUUUUCAUGAAACCUACUAUGUAAGCAGUAAUAAUUAUAGUUUUUUUUAUGCAUAAUUACUGUAUAAUUACUGUCAAAAGUGUCUCUGUCAGUUUUUACUCACAGAAAUGUUUUUGGAAAUAUGGGCAGAGUAACAUAAAAAUAAA